AUGGGUGGUAUAUUUAGUCUGUUUUCCCGACUGUUUGGAAGUAAAGAACGAAGAAUCCUUAUCUUAGGCUUAGAUGGAGCCGGGAAAACGACAAUUCUCUAUAGGUUACAGGUUGGUGAAGUGGUAACAACCAUCCCUACUAUUGGAUUCAAUGUAGAAACAGUUGUUCACAAAAAUCUUAAAUUUCAAGUGUGGGAUUUAGGCGGUCAAACUAGUAUUCGACCAUAUUGGCGUUGUUAUUAUGCGAAUACUGAUGCUAUUAUUUAUGUAGUGGAUAGUAUGGAUAAAGAUCGAGUUGGAAUUUCUAAACAAGAAUUAUUUUCUAUGCUUGAGGAGGAAGAGCUUCGUGGUGCUGUACUGGUAAUAUUGGCAAAUAAACAAGAUAUAUCUGGUUGUAUGACUAUCAGUGAAGUAGCACAAUCACUUGGCUUAGCUGCAAUUAAAAAUCGACGUUAUCAACUAUUUAAAACAUCUGCAUUAAAAGGUGAAGGAUUGGAAGAAGCCAUGGAUUGGUUAUCGAACACUCUGUGUACACAGAAAUGAUUUUCGCUAUCAAAGUUCCUUCUUAUUACACAAAAGUACUAGCUUGUGGAUUGGGGAGUUCCUCGUUUUUGAUUUUACUUUUUACCGGCCAUUUCUUUGUAAAUGCCCUCCUUGUCAUUUGCUGAGUUUGACGAAAUGUCUCGUCUUUUAACUUUUAUAAUCACUUGAACUAAUCAAUGUCUUCCUUUGUUUCCACUAAAAUGUACAAUUUGACUUGCCUGUGAU